UCGGUUGAAAUACAGACAACUCAAAUAUUGGAAGAAAACUGACAAUAGUCUUACGAAUGUCGUUUCAUCCUAUAAAUACCAUUUGGAUAUCGACAGAGGUAUUAUUUAGUAUGGAGGCGCUCAAGUGUAAAAGUGUGGAGAGCAUUCUUACAGAGAGAGAUAUAAAGAGCAUCGUUCACAAAGCGGCAUCACACGAAUGGACGAUUCUAGGGUAUGACAUUAAAGUAGCCGGGCAGGGGCUGUCCGGUUUCUUGGGAGACCACUUCAGGAUGACCGUUCACCUCGAGAAUGGCAAUUUCACGAAGAAGCUGCACCUCUUUGCCAAAUUUCUGCCGCUUCUGAAUAAACCUAAAGCAGAGUUUAUCGGUGAAUAUAAUUUUUUUAAACGAGAAAACCUCGUUUACGAGUUAUUUGAGGAAAUGGGCGUCGCCAACGAACAGAAAGCGUGGUGUCCAAAGGCUUUGAUACACACGGACAGCCUUAUUGUUAUGCCUGAUUUGUCGAUCGAAGGCUACAAGUCUAUUUCACAUCACGAAUGUUUGGACUUAAAGCACGUCGCGGUCGUUGUAACGUCCAUGGCACGAUUCCACGCCAGCUUCGCGUGCUUUGAAGCAAAAAGAGACAUGAUUCAUCACCAACGAAACAGUUUUUACAAAGACCACAUAAGCGUGUUGAAGGAGUCGCCACAUUUCGAUGCUCCCUGGUCCGAAGCAUGGCUUCGAGCCGCCGCAAAGUUAUCUUUUAAUUUAAUUCAAACGUUUUCUACAAAAAUCCACAAACAUAUCGAUGAUCUUGAGGAAAAACUUACGGAUCUUUUCUCUAAAGCCUGUGAGGACCUCGAGCCCAGUAAAGAUAGCUUAAAUGUAAUUAUUCAUAGAGAUCUUUGGAUAAACAAUAUUCUUUUCCGAUACGAACAUGGGCACCCGUCAGAAGCGGUGUUGUUGGACUUCCAAUGCGUAAGGUACGCUCCACCCGCGCUCGAUCUCAUGAUAUUCCUAUACUUGACUACGACUAAAGAGUUUCGAAGAGCUCACGAAAAGGAGAUAUUUAACCAGUAUUACACAGUGUUCACUCAGCAUUUAGAUGAUACAGUGAAGAGUAAGUUGAAAGAUUAUAACUACGGGAGGUGGGAUUUCUUCAACUGGUGCGAGCGGGCCCGUAUGUUUGCGAUGGUUCAGGCAAUGGCGAUAUUUCCAUUCACUCUCAUGAGUCCAUCCUUGGCUCAGAAAACUUUUGACAACCCCGAUACGUUUAUGAAACUUAUGGAAGAAGACAGGAGUGAGCCGGUUCUGGCAUUCGCCCGGGAAUGUACGGUUUACAGAGAGAGACAGUUACAAGUUUGCGAAGAAUUCGUUGAUAAAUAUAUUUUGAAACCUUUGUAGAUUAAAUUAUUAUUCAAAUAUAUCAUUCUGAUUUCUUUAUCAAUAAAUCAUAUCAUUUUAGAAGUAACCAAGGAAGAACAAAAAGAUUCAAUCAAAAAAUAGAAAAAAAAAGAGUCAAAUAAAUAAAAAGAGUCAAAAAGACAAUUCUUUGAAAAGAACUUUAUGCACUAAUGUACGAAGCGCUUUGCUUAGAAAAACUGGUUUUGUUAUUUCACUGUAAUUAAAAUAAUAAUAGACAACGCCAAUAAUUGUUGUCUCAUACAUAUUUUGUUUUAGGUACAAAUCAAAUCAUUUAUUCCAAAAAGACCAUCUAAAAUGGCCUUAUUCGAAUUUGAUUUUUGAACGUUAAAUUUGUGUGGAGAAGAAUGGGCAUGAAUAUCCACACUUAUUCUUUUAAAAUAGAAUUUAAAAUCAUUGUAAACAUAAGUUUAAAAAUUAUAUAUAAAGUCAAUGUACUCUUAGCAUAAAUUUAGUAUACAGGUCUAUUGUGCGUAAUUCAUGAAUGCUUAAGAUUAGCUUUUUGGUUAGUUAUUAAUAUUCUGUUUUUUUUUCGUUUUUCUCUAGAUUAAGGUUCUAUAGAUAAAUAUUUUUUUAUAUAACUUCUGUUUAUGUAUUCAUCAUUUUUUUUCUUUUCGUACCAGAGUUUCCUGGAGAUUGCUUGUUAGCGAUAAGGCCGCCCGUUGCAUUCCUUUGUAAUUUUUAUGUAUUGUAUUAUUUGUAUUUCUUUGCAACGAAGUGUGAAUAAAUAAAUGAAUAAAAUUAUACUGUCAAUGCCACUUAAUUAAU